UCACGCGCCCAUGCUAACAAAACAAUCUCGCAACGGCAGCGUAUUGAUCGUACUAUUCGCGCAACCCAUGUUCGAGUUCAGAUGGUCUUUUGUUCCAUUUCCAUGCCAUUCCCUUCCGCGUUUUCUGUCAGUGAUUGUGGACGACUAUUCGGUACAAAACCAUACUUGGUAGAUAGAUACCCAAUGAAUUUUGUAGCGAAAAACUAGACGAUUACAGUGCGAUCAAUUCGAUUCACUAAAGGAAAAGACAUGAAAUUUCAAUGUGUGUAAAUGGGUUUAGUGGUGGAUUUUGGGUACAAACUGGGGGGUUUUAAUUCUAAAUGUAAACCUGCACACGGGGGAUGACAGAAAGCUGAUUUUAAAUAGAGCAAUUGUCGACUGUAGUAGCCUGAGCAACGACAAUGUCUGAAUCCGGUAGGGACUAUAUCGGUUUUGCCACUUUGCCCGAUCAAGUGCAUCGAAAAUCAGUGAAAAGAGGUUUCGAAUUUACCUUGAUGGUGGUUGGUGAAUCGGGAUUGGGAAAAUCAACCUUAAUUAACAGUUUAUUCUUGGAGGAUUUGUAUAAGAAUCGGAAAAUCCCCGAUGUCAGUGAAAGAAUUCAUAAAACUACUACAGUGGAAAAGAAAACAAUGGAAAUCGAAGAGCGAGGAGUUAGAGUAAGGCUUACAAUAAUCGAUACCCCAGGCUUUGGAGACGCAGUGAAUUGUGAGGAUAGUUGGAAGGUCUGCACUAACUACAUCGAAGAACAGUUUCGACAAUAUUUUACCGACGAAAGCGGAUUAAACCGCCGAAAUAUACAAGAUAAUAGAGUGCAUUGCUGUUUAUAUUUUGUCCCUCCAUGGGGUCACAGUUUGCGGCAGAUGGACUUGGAAAUGUUGAAACGAUUGCAUCGCAAAGUCAACAUAGUCUUGGUCAUUGCCAAAGCAGAUACACUCACUGCCUCUGAAGUAGAUAAGCUCAAGAAGAAUAUUCUUAACGAUAUUAAGGAACAUGAUAUACAAAUAUAUGAGUUUCCGGAAUGUGAUAGUGAUGAAGAUGAAGAGUUUAAGCAGCAAGAUAGAGAACUGAAAGCCAGUGUCCCAUUUGCGGUAGUUGGCAGCAAUACUAUCUUGGAAGUAGCAGGGAGGAAGAUCAGAGGACGACAGUACCCAUGGGGCGUGGUUGAUGUCGAAAAUCCGAAACACAGCGAUUUUAUCAAGCUUCGCACCAUGAUUAUUUCGACUCAUAUGCAAGAUCUGAAGGACGUUACUGAGGAUGUUCACUAUGAGAACUUUAGGGCUCAGUGUAUCUCUCAGAUAUCUCAGCAUGCUCGAGAAAGGGGGUUUUCAUUUUCUAGAAAACUGAAGCGGGAUUCUGCCCCUUACGAGUCUGAUAUUUCAGACACGGAUCGUCUUCUUUUUGAGAAAGACGAAGAAAUUCGACGCAUGCAAGAGAUUCUCAAUCAGAUGCAGGAGAAACUAAAAGGGACUGCUCAAGACCGGAAGCAUGAAAGUAUUAUCGAUGUUUAGAAUCUAAGUGUGUUUUUUUCAAAUCAUUCCCAUUUUUAGUGAAUCUGUUUAGAACCAAAGAAUCUGAUAGUUGACAUCUUUUUUAUGUUUAUAUGCUAUUUAUUAAUAUGUAACUUACCAUGUUAUUAAAAAUAUUUAUUAGAUCAUA